AUGAACUUACAUCCAGAUUCUAAUAGCAACAGAAAAUCAGUAUCUGAACCAGAUCUAAAAUGUAUUCAUCCAGAACUGGACCCUAAUCAUCCUGACUUGAUCAAAUUUUUCUUUAAAAUUCCCCCUUUAAAGUGUGCAGCAGAAGAGAACUGGGUUUAUAUUGUUAAUGGAACGUUCUAUAUCAAUAAAGCCUCGUCGGACGCUAAUGGUGAUAUAACUUGUGACAUAUAUCCUAUGGUUAGGAAAGGAGAUUUUGAUACAGAUUAUGGAGAAGCCAUUAAAGAUGUAAAAAACGGAACUGCCUUGAAUUCUGAUUUUAUAAGAGUUGAUUGUAAAGCUAACAAAGAUGAUAACAACUAUAGUAACGUACAUUGUGGAAUAGCAUAUCAAAAGGAACUACAUGAGCGCAAAAUAGAUUUGCCUCCCAAUGCCCUUAAUAUGGAUUUCUUAAUGGUGGGAUUUGAUUCCAUAUCUAGGAUGACCUCCAUUAGAAAAUUGCCAAAAACAAGAGACUAUUUUUUGAAUACUUUGGGAGGAUUUGAACUUUUUGAUUAUAAUAUACUUGGAGAUGGGACACCAGCAGCCCUGUUGCCAAUUCUGACUGGACAAACAGAAGAAGAGUUGCCUGAAGCUAGAAGAGGCCAUGCAAAUGCCAAAACAGUAGAUGGUCAUCCUUGGAUCUGGAAUGAUUUCAAAAAAGCUGGCUAUGUCACCACUUAUGCAGAAGAUUCCCCAGGUGUAGGUACAUUCCAUUACCGUAUGAAAGGCUGGGAAAAACAACCAACAGAUCACUAUAUGAGGAAUUUCUUCAUUGCAGCUGACAAAACUAGUAAGAAAGACUAUUGCUUUGGUUCAAAACCAAAGCAUAUUUAUUUCUUAGAUUGGUUGCGAGAUACAUUUGUAAUGUAUCGUGGGAGGAAAAAAUGGACAUUUGGUUUCCACGGUGAAAUUAGUCAUGACGACUCUAAUAAAAUUGACUAUAUAGAUGAAGAUAUCCGUAAAUUUUUUGAAUACCUUCAAAAUAAUAGUCAUCUUGAAAACACUUUGUUGAUAUUUAUGAGCGAUCAUGGAGCUCGGUUUUCUAAAAAUCGUGAAGCUGCUCAAGGUAAACAGGAAGAGAGAAUGCCAAUGUUUUUUAUACGAUUUCCUCCAUGGUUUGAAAAAAAAUACCCAGAUGCUAUGAAAGCGUUUAAGAUCAAUACUCAUAGGUUAGCCACUCCAUUUGAUAUACAUGAAACUCUAAAGGACUUACUAAACUUUACUGGAACUGGCAAGGGUGAUUUGAGUAAACGUGGGAUAAGUCUGUUUAAAGAGAUUCCUAAGGAAAGGACAUGCCAGCAUGCUGCAGUAGAGGUUCAUUGGUGUGCUUGUCUUGAUUGGAAGGCAGUGAGCCCAUCUGAUCCUCUAUUAAAAAGGGCCUUGCAAACUAUUGUCACUAAACUCAACAAGCUGACAGAACCACAUCGAUCUUUGUGUGCUGUCUUAAGUAUUAAAGAAGUUAAAUCGGCUUUAAAAUUUAUUACUAACUCUAAAGUUUUGGCAUUUAAAAAAGCUAAAGACCAUGAUGGUCGGAUUGGUGACUUUUCUGCGAACACUAAAGACAGUGAAAUCUUAUAUCAAAUCACAGUAGUUACUGAACCUAAUAAUGGUCAUUAUGAAAUUACAAUCAAACACAUUGUCAAAACUGAUGAAAUGACGCUCAGUGAAAAGGAUAUAAGUCGAACCAAUAUGUAUGGUCAUGAUCCCGAUUGUAUAGCUGCCGAUUUUCCUUACUUAAGACCAAUCUGUUACUGUAAAAAGUAA